AUGUCUUAUAUUCCGCCUCAUCUCCGAGCAGCCGCAGCUACUCCCACUCCAUCCCCCACUGCGGCGAGCCCCUCAACGCACCACCGGAGCGUCACUGCGAAGCCUUCCGCCGGAACCCUAGAGGUCGUCCGGUCGCUCCCCUCCCCAUCCCCCAGGGAUGGCGCCGCCGCGUCCUUCGUCGUUCCCGGCCGCCGGCCCGGCGCCGACGGCGGCCUUCUCGCGUCGCAGCAUUCGAGGGUGCUCUCCGUGCCGGAGCCCGUCUUCAAUCAAUGGAAGCCUUCUGAUCGUGUUCUUGCCCUCAGUCCCGAUCAGAUUGAAGAGGUUAGGUUGCGGCUAAAUGUUGAAGUUGCAGUUUCUUCUGAUUCCCUUCCUGCUCCUGCGCCCAUUGAAUCAUUUAAUGAUAUGUGUUUGCACUCAAGCAUCAUGAAAGAUAUUGCUUUUCAUGAGUACACAAGACCAACCUCUAUUCAGGCACAAGCCAUGCCAGUUGCUCUAAGUGGGAGAGAUCUUUUAGGCUGUGCUGAGACUGGGAGUGGGAAAACUGCUGCAUUUACUAUUCCCAUGAUUCAGCAUUGCUUGGCUCAACCACCUCUCAGGCAUGGAGAUGGACCAUUAGCAUUAGUCUUGGCACCCACAAGAGAGCUUGCCCAGCAAAUAGAAAAAGAGGUCAAGACUUUUAGUAGAUCUCUGGAAGCAUUGAGAACAGCCAUAGUUGUGGGAGGCACAAACAUUUCAGAACAGAGGUCUGAACUGCGAGCAGGAGUGCAUGUUAUUGUAGCUACGCCUGGAAGAUUUAUUGAUCAUUUGCAACAAGGAAACACAUCUCUCUUAAGGAUUUCAUUUGUUGUUCUAGAUGAAGCUGACAAAAUGCUAGACAUGGGCUUUGAACCACAGAUUAGAGAGGUGAUGCGUAAUCUUCCGAGAAAGCACCAAACGCUGUUGUUUAGUGCAACUAUGCCUGUAGAAAUUGAAGAGCUUGCGCAGGAAUACCUAAGUAACCCGGUGCAAACAAAGGCAGGAAAAGUGAGUAGCCCAACUGCAAAUGUAUCUCAAAUAUUGGAGAAGGUUGCUGAAAGCGAGAAGAUUGAUCAUCUUCUGGCUUUGCUUGUGGAUGAGGCAUCUCAAGCAGAAAACUUUGGUCAUGCCUAUCCUCUUACCAUCGUUUUUGUUGAUAGAAAGUCAAGAUGUCAAGAAGUUGCAGAAGCAUUGGUAGCCCAGGGUUUGGAUGCAGUUGUCCUUCAUGGCGGUCGUACUCAAAGUGAAAGAGAGUCAGCACUUCGUGAUUUUAGGAAGGGCUCUACCAACAUUUUGGUUGCAACUGAUGUGGCCUCCCGUGGUCUAGAUGUUACAGGAGUUGCUUAUGUUGUCAACCUUGAUCUUCCGAGGACCAUGGAGGAUUAUGUCCAUCGGAUUGGAAGAACCGGUCGUGCAGGUUCCAUGGGUCGAGCUACAUCCUUUUACACUGAUCGUGACAUGUACCUUGUGGCCCAGAUAAGGCAAGCCAUUGCUGACGUGGAAUCUGGGAACUCUGUUGCAUAUGCAACUGGGAAGAUUGCAAGGAAGAAGGAGAGGGAAGCAGCAGCUGUGCAUAGAGAAGCUAGACUUGCAUUGUCUAGGCUCUCAUUGAAUGGUCCUGCAUCCAUAAAUAUUGAGGACAAAUAUCGAUAUAUGCUGACCACAACAUCGCUUAAAAAAGAAGGUGCUGCAGAUGAUGCAUGGAAUGAUUAAGAGGGUAUCUCCUUCCUUGCGUACCCUCAUAGGAUUAACUAUAUCCCCAAGUUUUAUCUUCAGAGCUCUAAACUCAAAACAAGUAAGCAUAUUGAACAUGCAUCGAUCCUUCCUAAAAUAGUUUUUACUUUCUUAUAUUCUAUCUAUGUAUCUGAUGAUUCAAGUGGUUAUUUUCUGUAACCAUAAUGUUCUCUUUGGAGAAAUUUGUGCAAAGUUAAGCUGAUGUUUUAUGCUAA